UGCAGUGGGAAGUGCAGAGAACAGCCCAGAAAUGCAGUGGGAAAUGCAGAAAUGCAGUGGGAAAUGCAGAAAGCAGCCCCGAAAUGGGACCCCCAGAGAAGAGCUGGCGAUCCCCGCGCCCCCCGGGCCGGAGGUGCCCCCCCCAGUCGGGGUUCCGGGGGUGUCCGGGGUCAUUUGGGUCUGGGGUCCGUGCCCCGCUGACCCCCACCCGCAGGGGGCUGUUCCGGCCCGAGCGCGCGCUGGGCUCGGCGCUGCUGCGCCUCGAGGGGCUGGAGGGGAGCUGCGAGCUGCGGGAGCAGCUGGAGGUGAGGAGGGGGCGGCGGGGUCCGGGCGUGCCCCCUCCCCACCCCCGCAGGGGGCUGUUCCGGCCCGAGCGCGCGCUGGGCUCGGCGCUGCUGCGCCUCGAGGGGCUGGAGGGGAGCUGCGAGCUGCGGGAGCAGCUGGAGCUCCUGGACGGGCGGCGCCGCACGGGCGGGCGCCUGGAGGUCCGGGUGCGGGUCCGGGAGCCGCUCGGGGCGCGGCGGCAGCUGGAGCCGCGCUGCGAGCGCUGGCUGGUGCUGGAACCGGCGCCCGAGGCCACGCUCGCCGUCCCCAAACCGAGCGCGGCUGCCCCGAAGGACGGGAACAACCGACCCCUCCCGACCCUCCCCAGCCUCAACCUGCUGCACUUCGACCGCGAGCGCCUGGAGCGGAAGAUGGCGCCGUUCGGCCGCGCGGGGCGCCCGGUGCCCCCCGAGCUGCGGCAGCAGCACCAGGAGCUGCAGCGGCGCAUCCAGGGGCUGGGGGCGCGGCUGCAGGGGGGCGACCCCCACUUCCGCACGGAGUACGCCGAGCACCUGCAGCGGCACCUGCGGCUCUACACGGAAGCCGCGCGGCGCCUCGGCACGCAGGGGGAGAGGGUGGGUGAGACCCCAGCCCAGCCAAGCCCCCCGAGCCGGGGGAACCCCCCCAGGCCCCCCGGGACACCCCCAGAUUCUGAGGGUUCCGCCCCAAAAAUCCUGGAGCAGCCCCGCUCCCUCCUGGACACCCCCAAAUCCUG